AUGUUGGCUGUGCCAAUUAUAGUCUUUCUGGGGGUCGGCUGUUGUUUGGUCGAUGCCGUAACGGUCACUACAAAAUUAGGCGAUGUCCAGGGUUUCCACGUCGACUACACGAAUGAACAGUCCAAAAUCUACCGCGGUGCGGGCGAUAUAUUCCUUGGCAUCCCCUAUGUACAGCCCCCACUUGGAGCACUACGAUUUGCGGCUCCGGCAGCUUUGAAUAAACUGCCGAAUUCUCCGUGGGACGCUACAUAUUUCCGAUCGCCCUGCUCGCAGUCGUUGCAGCCGUGCGGAUUCAACAGUACACCGUCAUCUGAGGAUUGCUUGUAUUUAAAUGUAUUUUCGCCAGAUGUGAAAACAGCGACCCCAUUCCCAGUGAUGGUAUGGAUCCACGGCGGGUCAUUCCAAUCCGGAUGCGCUCAACAGUACCCGUAUAAGGGUGGCGUCAGUUCGUUUGUUUCCAGAGGCGUUGUCGUCGUCACCAUACAGUAUCGUCUCGGCUUCUGGGGUUUCUUCACGACCGGAUCGAACGAAUUCCCCGCAAAUCGCGGUAUGCUGGAUCAGGUCGCUGCCCUCCGCUGGGUGCAAGAUCAUAUCCGGGAUUUUGGUGGUGACCCAACGAAGGUCACGAUUUUUGGGGAAUCUGCUGGAGCGGCUUCCGUUUCCGCGUUGACCUAUUCGCCAAUGGCACAAUCCCUUUUCUCACAAGCCAUUCAAGAAUCUGGAGCCACAGAAACUUGCCUGAACACUGACAACAAGUUGAGCAUCGACGCGGCUAGUAAGCUGUGCGGCUUCACGGGGAACGAUUGGAGCGGCAAGGACUGGCAGAAAAUGACAAAUUGUGUGCAGAACAAAUCAGCCGUCGACAUAUUGAAAUCGGUCGAUAUGGCCUGGAAUAUGGUAUACGAUACCCAAUUCCUCCCGGAUACUCUUGAAAACCUCGGCAAGACACGGAAGAAUUUCCCCUCGCUGAUUGGGGUGAUGCGGGAUGAGUGGAGCUAUUUUGUGCUUGGAAAGCUGCGUACCCAGGAGCUGUUUCUGUCGAAUAUGACUCGUGGAUUUAUCGAAUAUACCUUUAACUUUGAUCAUACUUAUAUGGGUGAUAAGGAGGGAGAGGUGAUGCAGAUGCUCGAAAAGGUCUAUCACCCGACCACUAUAGCUGACGAUGACUAUGUUGGAUGGGUGAAGCUGGCUAGUGAUAUGUACUCCGGACAAUUCUUUGGAGGCCCAAUGCAGCGAGAUCACGACUAUUCCAGCAACGUUGGAAGGAUCUUUUCGUUGCCCGGGUGGACUCCUGUUCCCCACUGCUCCGAGUUGUUCUUCAUGUGGUUGCCCGACGGCGAGUGGGCCAGAGCUGAACAGGCGAAUGAGGUAAUCCAAUUCGACUACGACGUCGCCAACUUUUAUGCAGAUUCCUGGACGAAUUUCGCCAAAAAUGGAAAACCGAUGGGAAAUCAAUGGGAAGCCGUGGAGCCGAUGUUGAAUCGCUAUUGGAGGAUAUCACCGGAUGGGAUGAGGAUGGCCGAUGGAUGGAGACAGGUCGACUCGACUAUGUGGAAUAAGGUGAUCCCAUCAAUUCUCAGCCAACAGUCCAAUGUUGCGACGACGGCGAGAAGUCCGGCUACGACUACGCAAGGCUCCGCUGCCUUGAGUUAUACUUGCAUAAUUGUACUUUUACUGGUUUUGCUUUUAUAU